CAACGAUCUCAAUCUGAUCGCUUUUACAACGAACAAUGCCACCUCCACGACCGCGGAAGAUUACAGCAGGCGAGCAAGUUGUCUCGGUUUUUGACGGUGCAAUAACUUUCCGCAACCUGCCACACCCAACCCGAAACUUCAACCUUGAGGUCACCUUCUCAGAUCACCACCCCCACCUUCUACGCCUCCGUGAACAUGAACCUCCACCCCACUUCCACUACCUCCAGGUUGAAUACUUCCAAGUCAUAGAAGGAAGUCUCUACGUCGACGUCGGCCCGAAUCGCGUCCUCCUUACUCAUAACGAUGACGAGCUCCCAGUGCCACCGUGGGUUCGCAACCGGACAAUCCCUGGACCCUUAUCAAAUGACCAACAGGUGACCAAGUUUUUACUUUCCGGUCCAGCUCCGAAGGGGAAGGAAUCUCGCAUGUUAGAUUACAUUUUCUACGAGAACUACUAUCGUUACAUGGAUGAGAUGGUAUCCACGGGACAGGCUAUAGAUUUCAUCCAGAUACUCUGCAUGUUCGAUGCUGGAGGCUCUUGCAUUAUGUUGCCGUGGUGGGUCCCGUGCGGGAUGUUGGUUUCCAGAGCUCUAGGAGUAGUAGUGGGAAGAUGGAUUGGUGCGAUCUUAGGUUAUCAGCCGUACUACCGGGAGUGGACUACAGACUGGGACACUGCUGCGCGACGGAUGCGCAGCUCACUAUGGCAGAGGAGAUUUGCCGGGUGAUAAAAAGACCACGAUUGGCUCGGACUUGUGCCCUGUUUCGAGUUUUCAUUUACUAUUUUGAGGAUUUCCUUGAGUAGCAAAUAAUGUGGUGCGGCAGUGAGGAAAUAGAUUGUGGAUUUUGUGGGGUAGACUAUGGGUUACACGAACUCCGCAGAAAAGCAAGGUUUUGCCACA